GGUUGUUCAUCUGAGCUAUAUUUAAGCUCAUCUUCCUAUGGUUCUACAACUCCGGUCCUUACAUUUGCUCCAGGCACUCAUUCAAUUUGGAGUUUACAUACCAUUACAUAAAUAACCAAAUAUUGGCAAUGGAUUACCGACAUUCACUCUUAUGGUUAAUGGCAUUAUCUAGCUUUUAAAGGCUUCUGUGAUCCAUUGGUUUAUUUAUAAUGUUCAUCGAUUUGUUUUAAUGGGAGAUUCAUUGCAUUUUUCUCAUCGGAGUAAGAACAUGGAAGUACCAAGUUUUGCUAUCAGUAAAAAGGCAUCGGAAAGAUGUUUAGCUUCUGCAGCCCCAAAGGUUUUCUUUCAGAAGAGAUUCAAACAUAUAACUUCUCUGGAUCAUGUUAGACUGGGAAAUGGCACUGCUGGGCAUAUAGCAUUCUUUUUACUGAAAGUUACAGCUCUAGAGAUUGUACGAAGGUUCUCUAAGGCAAAGUGUCCAUUUUUAUGGCAUGGUCUUGGGGCACUCCAGCUUCUUUGCUAUCCACCAUUUAAGUGGAUCCAGAGGUGGUCCCUCUUCAGGGGUCUUGUGAAAGGCAUGCAGGCAUUGUCAAGACCAUUUCUUUUGCUCUCAAUUGCAACAGCUUUGUCUGAACGAUUAGAGUAUAGAGAAACAUCAGAUCAUCUUGAUAGUUCUCAAGAAUGCACAGAACCAGAUUCAGAACAGUCUACUAUGGAUACAGGGAUUUGCAAUCUAGCACCUGAAAGUCUACCAUCUGAAAAUUGGUUGAUUCAGCUUCACAAAGAACUAGAACAGAAGGGAAUUACUUUGCCAGUAAGGAUUAAUGAAGAUGAACUCCAGAGAUUUUAUGCUGCUGCAAGUGGUGACUUUUCAUCCUUCCUUUCAUCAAUCAAGAAGACUAUUCGUUGGAGGGAAACUUAUCAUAUACUUUCAGAACAAGAUCUUGAGAUGUGGUCGCGUUUGGUUUUCUGGCAUGGAUGUGAUGUGAAGCUUCGACCUUGCCUUGUUAUCCGCCUAGGACUUGCCUGUUCAACCUUAGCUUCUCAUGAUAGACCUCGCUUUUCUCAAGCAGUUGUAUCUCAAUUAGAGCAUGGGGUCCUGCAUUUAGUCAGUGAGGAAGAUCCUCAAAUUACAGUUCUGAUGGAUUGUGAAGGUCUAUCUCCACUAAAAUUUCCCAUGCAAAUGAUGAGAUCUUGUUCUGCACUUCUGCAAGAUAAUUACCCGAACCGUCUUGGCUGCUUGUUUGUUAUACGGCUUCCUCCAGUUGUCAGAGUGAUUGCGCAAACUUUCAUUCAAAUUCUGAAACCUGUGACUCGGCAAAAGUUGAGGAUUGAAGGGGAUAUGUACCAAAAGGUUCUCUUUGAGUAUCUUAAAACUGUUCCAUCAUUUCUUGGUGGCAAAUGCACAUGUGCUAAAUGUUCAACAGAUGGGAUCUAUGAUACUUGGUCUCCUGCUGAUGAAGAGACUGACAACAGGGAAUCAUAUGGGAAUUCUUCACGUGGAGAGAACCCAUUUUUGGUUGACGAUCUUUGUGAGACUGAACUUCAAUUUGAUGGUUCCUGCCAGAAGGUUCUAAGGACUGCUAUUAUUAGCACGCUUAUGUUGUUCAUUUUCAUUGCUUUGAUUGGAGGGAUGUACGAUCCAGAAAGUCGUAUUUUGUCUUUUUGAGAUCAUGGUAACACCUAUACACUUAUUUUCAUUUGUUUAUUUCCGUAACUAUUCCAAAUCAUUUAUAUUUUCCAUACCAGAAUAAUCUGUAUUACUAUUGUAACGUCUGUGUACAUUGCGUUCACCUUAUAAGAAGUACCAGAUGUCCCUGUUC